AGCUCAGCGUGUGCAGUGUCAUUUCUUCUCUUUACCAUCUGCAGAAGAAGAUGGAGUCCCGUUUUGUCUCGGUGUGCCUACUGUUGAUAAGCAGCCUUUCCUUCAGCCAGGCGUGUAUUCGAGGAUUUCUGGAGAAUGUGGAUUUUCCCGGCUCGGACAUUGCAAAUCUGUUCUCUCCAUCUGCGGAGCAUUGCCAGGAGCUUUGCAGCCAGCAUCCAUCCUGCCUUUUCUUCAGCUUCAAUCGGCCUGACAAGUCCUCAGGGAGCUUUCAAUGCUCCCUUAAAUCAAGUACUUCUGGACACCCACGAGCUCAAGUUUUACAGCUCGGCGUCACUUCUGGUUAUUCUCUCAAACCCUGCAAUCUCGACCUCACGCCUUGUUUCCAACAGGUUUUUGAGGAUGUGGAUUUCAGUGGUGGAGAUUACAGAACCUUCUUCACGGUCAGCUUUGAGGAGUGCCAGAGAGUCUGCACCCAGGACCCAGUGUGUCAGUUCUUUACUUAUAUAACGGGGAACUUCACAACCUCGAAUAUCAGGUACAAGUGCCACCUUAAAUUCAGCUGGUAUGUGCCAAGACCCCCUGCUAUAGUAUUAAAGACUGGAGUCAUAUCUGGAUUCUCCCAAAACUCCCAACUGACUCAACACUUUGACACAGUAUGUCAGAGCCAGCUCUUUUCAGACACCGACUUCAGAGGAAGCGACUUCCUGGAACUAAAGGCUGUUUCUGCUGAACACUGUCAGUUCCUAUGUUCCGUCCAUCCACAGUGCACCUACUUCUCUUUCAGCAGGAUUGACUUCAGAUGUUUUUUGAAGAACAAUCCAAACAACAUAAUGACCAGAGCAAAAAGUGGUGUCACAUCAGGAAUACCAACACACCUCUGUCAGAUUGAUGAGAGCUGGGCUAGGCUGACUUACAGCGGAGUAGAUUUCAGUGGAUCUGACAUCAGCUUUGCGGUGGUGAAUAGUACUGAUCAGUGCCAGGAGAAGUGCACCGAGAACCCAAACUGCCAGUUCUACACCUACCACAAUGGAAGUUUGAUUUUCUCUGACCACCGGCCCCGCUGCUAUAUGAAGCGAGUGAUCACCAUGCCUGUUCCUCCCAAGGUUAAGAAACUGGACAAUGUUGUGUCAGGCUUCACCCUGAGAAACUGUAGAAGUGCAGAAAAGGCUCAGGAUUAACCAAUCCAAAGCUUUAUUUGCAUGUGACAGAAAUAAAAAAAUAAAAAAAUUAACCAUUCAACAAAA